CGCACCCGUCGCCCCAACAAAACCUCCGAGCAGAUCACGACCUCCGCUAGCUUCGUCAUCCCGCUUAACCACACCACACCAUCCUACCUUUCCUCACCUCUCACUCUUUCAGCACUCUGCUUGCCUAACGCUUGCUCCCCCCACCUCCCACUCCCAGAUCGCGCCGCGGAUCCUCCUCGCGAUCGCGUCCUGAACUCCUGAUGGCUACCAGGUCGGUUUCCUGAUCCCUCGAUCCUCAAUCAGUUUCACGGCUUCUCGCUUAUUGAUGGAUGUCGUGGAGCUCGAUGCGGCGAGGCAUGGAUGCAAGGUCUGCGGAAAAAGCUUCCUGUCCGGCCGGUCGCUCGGAGGACAUAUGAGAUCGCACAUCUCGCUCGGCGAGGCAGCGCUGGAGGUUCACGCCGCCGACGAGCUGACGCCUGUUUCGUCGAAUGGUGGCCGGGGCUGUGACGGACUGGUCGCGUACGGGCUGAGGGAGAAUCCCAGGAAGACUCGGCGCCUAUCCGACUUUGCUGACGAGAAGGAUGUCGGCCAUGGCGUUGAGUGCGGGAAGUCGUGGAAGUCUUUGUUCGGCCACAUACGCAAUCAUGCGUCCGGCGACAGGUAUCACGACGUCGACGACGACGAGGACGUGGAAGAGGAUGAAUUCUCUGUAGAGGAGGGGGAAGCAGAGGAAGCAGAAAUGGUGAAGCCGACGGAGGCGCCUGUGGCGGCUCUGACGGUGCUGUCGGCGUCCCCUAGGCGGAGGCGCCGAUCGAUGCGCGUGGCGGCUCCGCCGCCGCGGGUGCUGAGUGGGCUCGAGAAAGAGACUGAAGACGUCGCGCUCUGUCUACUGAUGCUCUCGCGCGACACCGGUAUGUGUAGCUCGCCGGCCAAGAACGAGACUUUGGAGAGCGCAAAGAAGAUCAAGAUCAAGAUCAAGGGCGGCGUCGCCAAGAACAGGAAGCGAGCUUCCCGGAAGAAUCAACACGAUCCCGUGCCCGUGGCGCCGAAGCGGACCCGGUACGAGUGUCCGGGAUGCCGCAAACUGUUCAGCUCGUAUCAGGCGCUCGGCGGCCAUCGCGCGAGCCACAAGCGCAUGAACGCCAGCUGCAGCUCCCCUAAGAAUAAGAUCACUCCCGCCGCGUCCUCCGCGCCGCCGGAGCCAAGCACCGAGACGUACACGUCGUUCAACACGAUGUCCCCCUCCGCGUCACCGGACUCGGUGGCCAUCGGCUUCGGCAAGCCCAAGGACGACGAGGCGGUGCCCGACGCGGAGUUGGAGCACAAGCGGUCGCAUCUGAUGUCCUGCGAGUCCAACGGCGUCGAUCUCUACUAUGUCGCCGGCGCCGGCGCAGACCAUCAGGAGCAGCAUUCAGCAGUCGCCGACGGGUUACUUGAUCUCAACUUCCCACCGGCUGCAGCGGAGGAGACCUGAACCAAGUUUGCCGCGAAGUGAUGAAUGUGGGGCUCUGUACAGAUUCAUCCAAUUCAAUUUAUUUUUUUCCCCCAAGCUUACCAAGGGAGUCUUGAAGCAGGAGUCGGGUUUUCUAUCAGGUUAUUACUUCAAUGGUUUUAGCAUUUCUGUUCUUCAGUACACUAGAUCAAUAAGACUGCCUAUGAUGAUGAUAUCCCGAGGUGCUUCAGUUUAGC